AUGUCCCCAGACCGCCUCCCGUUCACCUCCCUCUUCAUCGACGGCACCUGGCGCCCCUCGAGCACCGGCGCCACCUUCCCCGUCCACGCGCCCUCGAGCACCACCCCCGUCGGCACCGCCGCCUCCGCCUCCCCGCCCGACUGCGCCGCCGCGAUCGCCGCCGCCGCGCGCGCCUUCCCCGCCUGGGAGUCCACACCGCUCUCCUCGCGGCGCGACGUCUUCCUGCGUGCGGCGGACCGACUCGCGGCGGGCGCACGGCGCGGCGCGGUCGUCGCCGCCGCCGCCGCCGAAACGGGCGCAACCGCGGAGCUCACGGGCGCGAUGCACGACCUGCAGGCGCACUACCUCCGGGACGUCGCCGCGCUCGGCGCGACGCUCCGCGGGGAGACGUUCCCGUCGUCCGUGCCCGGCGGGCAAGCGUUCGCGCACCGGCGCGCGUUCGGGGUCGUGCUGGCGAUCGCGCCGUGGAACGCGCCGUUCAACCUGACGAUCCGGGCGUUCGCGGUGCCUAUCAUGUGGGCGGAGGAGUGCCCUCGGGUGCAAGCGAUGACCGUCGAGAUCUUCGAGGAGGCAGGCUUGCCCAAGGGCGUGCUGAACUUCUUGCCGGUGUCCAAGGAGGAUUCUCCCGCUCGAGUGGCGGAGAUGAUCGCGCAUCCUCUGGUGCGGAAAGUCAACUUCUGUGGGGGAGCUCGGGUUGGCAGCAUCAUCGCCCAGGAGGCCGCCAAGUAUCUGAAACCGUGCGUAAUGGAGCUGGGAGGCAAGACACCUGCAGUGGUGCUCGCAGAUGCAGACAUCCCGCGAGCUGCGCGCGCGAUCACGUCGUCCGCCUUGAUGAACGCCGGUCAGGUCUGCAUGUCGACGGAACGCGUUAUUGUUCACAAGGACGUCGAAGCAGCAUUGAUACAAGAACUCACCCAGCUUUUCAAGCAAGUCAAGAUCGGUGAUCCCGAAAGGGACCCCUCUGCGGUCUUGUCUGGAUUGUUCACUCAGGCCUCUGCUGAGAGAGUGGUGGAGUUGAUGAAAGACGCCGUAGCGUCUGGCGCGCAAGUGGUGACAGGGGAUCUUACCAGACAAGAGGGCGUUAUUCAGCCGCAUAUACUCAGAGACGUUAAACCCGGGAUGGCUUUGUGGGAGAAGGAAAGCUUUGGGCCCGUCAUUGUGUUCGCCGUCGCCAACACUGAAGCCGUGGAUCUAGCUAAUGCAUCAGAAUAUUCCCUAUCCGCAAGCUUGUGGACACGGGAUGUUUACCUUGCCCACCGCAUUGGUGCGCGAAUCCGUGCGAACUGCGUAAAUAUCAAUGGACCGACGGUGCAUGCAGAAUGGCAACGUUCGAUGGGAGGAUUAGGAGGCAUGAGCGGGUACGGGCACUUCGAUGUGGAGGACUGGACGCAGUCGCGCCUUCUUGUCCUCCAUCCGGAGCAAGAACAUCCGUAUCCUGUCGUGUCUCUGCUCGAAUGA